AUGAUGACCGAUUCGGAAUUUUCCAACCUGCAGGAAGAACAUUUUCGCGAAAUGUUUGAAAUGUUCGAUCGUGACGGUAGCGGUUCGAUCUCCACAACUGAGCUCGGCGAUCUGAUGCGUGUCCUCGGGCUAAAUCCGACGAUGGCCGAACUCGAACAAAUGGUUUACGAAGUUGAUUUGGAUGGCAAUGGGCGUAUCGAGUGGGAAGAAUUUGUUGCCCUGAUGAAACGGAAAUCACGCGAACCGAUCGAUGAGAAGGAGCUGUAUGCGGCCUUCAAAGUGUUCGAUCGUAAUGGGGACGGAUUCCUGUCGGUGGAGGAAUUGUCCGAUGUGAUGCAAAACUUUGGCGAACGGUUAACACCGAAAGAGUUGCAGGAUUUGCUUGCUGAGGCAGACAUCGAUGGCGAUGGUAGAAUAAAUUAUGAAGAGUUCGUUUACAUGUUGAUGAAGUAA